CAUCUUCCGGCCGCGUCGGGGCGGCGGGGGCGGCUGAGUCACCCCGAGAGGAGAAAAAUGCUGAUUUGAGUUCGAAUCUUGCUAUAAAGCGCUCCUUCUGCCAACAGCCAGUCCUGCCCAGAGGGAGGAAGCAAGGACCAGCCAUGCCCCCUUCAGGCCCAGAUGCCGGGCCCCUUGCUGUCUGCCUGCUGCUGGCCCUGCUUAGUGUGUCCCCCUCAAUCCAAGCUCCGGCAGCAGACAAAGCACAGAAGGAGUCCUCCAUCACUUCCUCUCUCCGGGUCAGCCCUUCCCUGGGACAGAAGAUUCGGGUCAUCUGCCAGGGCGUAACCGCCCACCCGGAGAGUGGCAUCAUGUACUGGAUGGCAAAUGGCACUUUUGUGGACCAGCAGUACCCAAACGGAUCAGUGAAGGAGGAGCCCACCGUAGAGAAAGGCAGCCAGUUGACCCGAUGCCUGAUCUUCUCCCCCUUGAGGGCGCAGGACCUCCACACCAGCUUUGAGUGCGUUAUCACCGACCCCUCCGGCGUAUUUCGGAAGGCCAUCCAGUGGGAUUAUCCAGAUAACAAAAAAGAGUGGAAGCCAAGCUCCCCGAGACUAGUGAGAAGAGCCCAGGGUCCUAAUAUUCCUAGCAAAAACAAUUGCAAUCCCGCUGUCCAAAGGAUCCGGCUUUUCCUUGAGUUGCACUUCAUUUUAAUACAAAGAAGAAAAGUUACGAAGACUGGAAAAACCCAGAUUGUGAAGGAGAAAGUUCUCACUCCGUUUCUGUAAAAUGCUUCCUCUCCAACCGAUACUUAAUUCCCCUGCGGCGUUUACACCACCAAUGAUUAAAAAUCAGAAAUUUAAGUGCCAAA